ACCAUGGAAGAUUCAUCUGGCUCCUCCUCACGAAGAAUAUCUAAUGACUCAACAGCCUACAUCGACGUGGAGGCUAUGGAUGAUGAUCCAUCCAUAUAUAUUCCCGUCAAGCGAAACGCAUUGUUAAUUCUCACUUUCGGAAUAUUAAUUUUAAUAUCUGCCUGUGUAGGCAUUUCAGUGGAAGCCUUCUCUCGCAUCCGUCUUUCAUUCUCCGGAAUCUGGGUUGGGGCUGUUGAUAUGCUGGCCAGUCUCUUUUGUAUUAUACUCUCACUAAGACUUAAUUACCUAUUUGCAUUUACCUGUUUCCUUACAUGUCUAGUAGCACUCUUCAUCACUAUAAUCGGCAUCUGUUUUUCCAUUUAUGAAAUUGUAUACUUCGGCUAUUCUGCAAGCAUUAUCGUCCUUGUAUGUUGUAUCUGCCAGAUCUCCAGUCUGAUAGCAGAAGUAAUAUGCUCACGACAACUUCUUAUUAUAUUUGCAGCCUUUCCAAUAGAGAUGAAAAUGUUUCAGAAAUCAUUCGGAGCCUUCAAAGAUGAGCAGCCUGAAUUCAAUUUGGAUUGGUUUUCCUGA